CUCUCGUCGUUGCCAAGUUAAGAAGGUUUGGUGCUGAGGAAUAGUUGGUGGAGCUGCGAUCGCGGAGCGUUCACUCACGGGAUGCUUUGUGGUAAUCCGUCGGUUCUCUGCUGCUUUCCGAUUUAAUGCUAUAGUGCGUUUUCUGGUAGGAAAAAAAGAUAGUUUGUGACAUUUGUUUAGUUUCAUUGAGCAUUAUUGUUGCUAUAGUGACGCGAUUGCUGUGAUAGUAUAGCAAAAUUCUUUUGCGAUUUAUUGUGCGUGUGUGGUGUUUCGGCGAAUCGCAAUUAUUGUCAUCGUCAGUAGUAAGUUUUUUCACCUAGCAGAAACAGAAGCGAAAAUGUGAACAAGUGAAAAAAAGAUUACAGCUUAAAGAAAGCCAAGAACCGUAGCUGGUAUUAAUCAUCCCGUGUCGGUCAAUCGGCGGUCGCAUAGUAUUUCAAGAAGUUUUCCACCGCUGGAAAAGUUCCCAUAAUGUAGUGAGAAAAUUGUGCACACGCAACUGCUAGUGAAAAUUGCAUUCUACAAGUGUGUGCUGCUGGUGGCAACGAACUGUCAAAGUGUUUAUUGGUUCGUAGUGAAAUGCACCACGUAAAGUUUUGAGUACGACGAAGAAAGAGCAACACAAGAAAGGUGCUGCUACGAGAAGUGCAGUGUGAUUUUUAUUGAUUUUUGCGAUUGUCUGCCCGCCCCGAGUGGCUGGGCAAAAGUUUUCCUGCAGAAACGGCUUCCCAACAGAUUGAAGAAGCUAGAGGAGGAAGCCCUCGAGUGUGAAGAAAAAGUAAAACAACAAAAAAAAAACAGCGAAAGAAGCAGUAUAAAAAAAUCCGGUUCUCGGCGGCUCUGCUGACUGACACUGGAUAUCCGAGAAGCCUCUGCUGCCUGCGCGCUCGCUCGCUCGCUACGACGACGGGUGGGAAACCAUCGGAGCAAAAUAGUAGUGUGGAAGAAGUGAUUUGAAAGUGGUUCUGGUCUGGUCCCGAAGAAAACAACCCUACCUCGACCGACCGAUCGAUCGGAGUUCAUCAGGCAUUGAGCUGAUGUUGUUGCUCUGAGGACGCCCCUUCCCCGGAAUAGAGGCGGGUUGGCUACUACUAGUGGUGGGAACCGAUCGUGCGUACGACGCACUGUGCUAGUGUUUUAUUUUUUUGUUUGGUGUGUGUCAGUGAAUUAGUAGUGCACUAGGGCCAACCGAAAAAAAGGCUAUCAUUCCACCACGGAGUACCGGUGGCAAGGAGGCCCGCAACCAUGUUCAAAUGCAUCCCAAUAUUUAAGGGCUGCAAUCGCCAGAUCGAGUAUGUGGACAAACGGCACUGCUCGCUACCGAACGUACCGGAGGAAAUCCUCCGGUACUCGCGGUCACUCGAGGAACUGCUGCUCGAUGCCAAUCACAUAAAGGAUUUGCCCAAGAACUUUUUUCGCCUGCAUCGACUACGGAAGCUCGGACUUAGCGACAAUGAAAUCAUGAAACUACCGGCGGAUAUUCAGAACUUCGAGAAUCUGGUCGAACUGGACGUGUCCCGGAAUGAUAUCGGCGACAUUCCCGACGACAUCAAACACCUGCGAAGUCUCCAGAUAGCCGACUUCAGUUCGAAUCCGAUUCCCCGCCUGCCAGCCGGAUUCUCGCAGCUACGGAAUCUAACCGUGCUGGGUCUGAACGAUAUGUCGCUGACGACCCUGCCGCAGGACUUUGGAUGCCUGUCGAAGCUGGAAUCACUGGAGCUGCGUGAAAAUCUGCUCAAAAGCCUGCCCGAAUCCAUCAGUCAGCUUACCAAACUGGAACGGCUCGAUCUGGGUGACAAUGAAAUCGAAGAGCUUCCGCCACAUCUCGGUUAUCUGCCGUCGCUGCAGGAACUGUGGCUCGAUCACAACCAGCUGCAGAAGCUGCCUCCGGAGGUUGGUCUACUGAGGAAUUUAGUAUGCCUAGACGUUUCCGAGAACGGACUGGAAGAGCUACCGGAGGAGAUCGGUGGUCUGGAGAGUCUUACCGAUCUGCAUCUGUCCCAGAACCGGUUGGAAAUGUUGCCGGAUGGUAUCUCGAAGCUAACCAAGCUGACAAUCCUGAAGCUGGACCAGAAUCGGUUGCACACACUGAACGACAGUAUCGGACAGUGCGUUCACAUGCAGGAGUUGAUUUUGACCGAGAAUUUCCUAACCGAGUUGCCUUCCGCUAUCGGCAAUAUGACGAUGCUGAACAAUCUGAACGUGGACCGGAACUCGCUGAUUUCGGUACCGAACGAGUUGGGAAAUUGCAAAAGUUUGGGUGUGCUGAGUUUACGGGAAAAUAAACUUACCAAACUGCCCGCCGAGCUUGGGAACUGUUCCGAACUGCACGUGCUGGACGUUUCCGGUAAUUUGUUGCAAUAUCUGCCCUAUUCGCUGGUAAACCUACAGCUGAAAGCCGUUUGGCUGUCGGAAAAUCAGGCACAACCGCUGCUUACAUUCCAACCGGACGUAGAUGAAAUCACGGGCGAUCAAGUGCUGACCUGUUUUCUGCUGCCUCAGCAGGACUACGUUCCACCGAGCCCGGAAAAUCGCGAAGAUACCGAUUCCGAAGACUGGGAAGAACGGGAAGCGUCCCGCACCCACUCGGUGAAGUUCAGUGAAGAUUCCAAUGCAGACAAAGACACACCUUUCGUACGACAGAACACACCGCACCCGAAAGAGCUCAAAUUAAAAGCGCACAAAUUGUUCGCCAAGGAUAAGAAAUCGGAUGAUUUGAGCGGUGGUAAUCUGGAUACGCUUUCGGAGGAAUCUUCCUCGAAGCCAUCGCUCCUGAACAGGACCGGUGCCAUGGCAACCAUGGACGACAUUCAGGGGGUGGUUCCCAACGAAUCGAUUGCGGAGGAAAAUGCCAACAAAGAGAACGAAGAGUUUGGCGACGAUAACUACGAGAAGCGGGUCGGGUUCGAUGUGAACGAAGAGGAGGAAGACCGCUACUAUUCGGAGGAAAAUGACGAUUCGCACGAGAAGAAACCGGUAUCCAAGUUACACCGGAGAGAUACCCCACACCACCUGAAAAACAAACGCGUACAUCACAACACAAUGACAGAAAAGAACAACAGUCUGGUGCUGAAUUCACUCAAGCUGAAGGAAUCGCUUCCGCCACCGCCAAAGCUGGAGGAACAUCCCGUGCUGGAAACGGUUGCCGAACCACCGACCGGAGAGGAUGCCCUUGAUGCUUUUACCGAGCUGAAAGAGGAACGGUUUGAGAUUCACAUCGAGCGCACAUCCGCCGGACUGGGUCUAAGCAUCGCCGGUGGUCGAGGUUCGACUCCUUUCAAAGGGGACGACGAAGGUAUUUUCAUAUCCCGUGUCACGGAAGGUGGUCCGGCCGAUCUGGCCGGUCUAAGGGUGGGCGAUAAGGUACUUAAAGUGAACGGCAUCUCGGUGGAAGAUGCCGACCACUACGACGCGGUGGAAGUGUUGAAGGCCUGCGGUUCCGUACUGGUGCUGUUCAUCGCCAGAGAGGUAACACGCCUAAUUGGACAUCCGGUGUUCGAUGAAAGUGGCUCGGUGGCGCAGAUCGUAGAACAGCAACAUGAUGGUGGUCUGAGUAACCAUCAGCAGCAGCAGCCGCAGCAACAGACACCUUAUCAGCAGCAGAAAGUGAUUCCUCCGCCGAUUAUGGUGGCAGUGGAGCAACCACUAAUGGAAGGAAUUGCCGGUGGUGGAGGAGGAGGAGGCGGAGGCGGUGUUGGGGGUGGAGGCAUUUUACAUCCUUCGUUCAACGACGUCGGAUUGCCGAAUGGAAACGCCGGGACACCGGUUCCUGUGGUGGUUGGUUUACUAAACGGAAAUGAAAUUACCCACAAAGUUAUUUUGCACACGACACUCAUCCGGGAUCAGAUCGGGCAGGGUCUUGGAUUCAGCAUAGCCGGCGGAAAGGGGCACGCCCCUUUCAAGGAUGGCUCGGAAGGGAUUUAUAUCUCGAGAAUUACCGAGAACGGGGUGGCCCACAAGGACGGCAAGAUACUGGUGGGCGAUCGCGUGUUGGCUAUUAAUGGAAUUGAUAUCACCAACGCCCAUCAUGAUUCCGCUGUUCAACUGCUGACCGAUCAUCAACGUUUCGUGCGGUUAGUGGUCCAGCGUGAGGUAAAAGGUCCACUUGAACCACCCAACAGCCCUCGUAGCCCAAUGUUGAAAAAUCUCAAUCCAAGUGGGUACAUGGCAAAUCGACCGGCAUACUCCGGCUAUCGCCGUUCGAUUGAUGACACCGCCACCGAAGUCAGCUCGUUGGCGGUGACCGAGAACCAGUCCAAUCCCGUCAAGCACGAGCCGGAGGUGAAGCACACCAUCAUACCGAAGCAGCAGCAGCAGCAUCAUCCGUCGUUGGUCAGCGGCGAGCAACUGCCACAGCAACCACCAUUACCUGCCCCACGUACAGUAUUAUCACCACAAACGUCUGUAAAUAACAAUGGCCAGCCGACGGCUAGCAAUGGUAGUAGUUCUAACAACAGCAACAACUACAAUGGUACUAGUAGUAACACUCACAGCAACAAUCAUCAUCAUCACCAUCAACAACAACAACCGUCAGUGUCGUCAUCAUCGUCGAUCUCGCCCGGUGCGAACACAAUAACCAAUGGUACAAGCAAUAAUGAUAGUACUAGUAGUAAUAGUAGCGUGGUAGCGAAGAUACCCGCCACCAACAGCAGCGACGAUUCGCAGGUGGCGGCCCGACCAAUGACCAGCGCCGACUUCCAGGCCAUGAUCCCGUCCCACUUUAUCAGCGGAGGCCGCCAGGUGCAUGUGGAACGAUCGGGAACGGUGGCACCCGGUGGUGGUGGUGCCGGUGGUCCAGAUGCCGACCAUACCGGGCCCUCCGUCACGGUGACCGUGCAGAAGGCCGUACCGGAUCUGCCGAUGUUGCCGCCAGCGCCGACCGAGCUCGGCACCGUCACCGAGACGAUCACAAAGUCGACCUUUACUGAGACGGUAAUGACUAGGGUUACUGACAAUCGGUUAUUGGAACCACUAAUCAGUGAGGAGGUUGUACUGCCCAAAGAUCAGGGUUCCCUCGGUUUCAGCAUCAUCGGCGGUACGGAUCACUCGUGCACACCGUUCGGAGCGCACGAGCCUGGUAUUUUCAUAUCCCACAUCGUUCCCGGUGGCAUAGCGGCACUGUCCGGAAAGCUGAGAAUCGGUGACCGUAUAUUGAAGGUAAACGGAACCGAUGUUACCAGCGCCACCCAUCAGGAAGCCGUGAUGGAGCUUUUGCGACCGUGCGAUGAAAUCAAACUGACCGUUCAGCAUGAUCCUCUGCCGGCUGGAUUCCAGCCUUUCGAAAUAGUUCGCUUGCAAACGGAGGAAGUACGAUUGGUCAAGCAGGACGGGGAACGGCUCGGUAUGCACAUCAAGGGUGGCCUAAACGGCCAACGUGGCAAUCCUUUGGAUCCGGCCGACGAAGGUGUGUUCAUCUCGAAGAUCAACAGCACUGGAGCGGCCAAACGGGACGGCCGGUUACGGGUCGGAAUGCGUAUUCUGGAGGUAAAUGGCGUGUCGCUGUUGGGUGCAACCCAUCAGGAAGCGGUGAACGCACUGCGCGCUUCCGGUGGCGUUCUACAUAUGGUCGUGUGCAAAGGAUACGAGAAGGGUGAUCUGGCCCACCAGUCGAUAGGUAGUGCCGGCGGAAUGAGUACCGGAAUAAGCAAUAACGGUCACAGCACCAGAAUAGGUUCUCGAGCUUCGGAAACUGGUUCCGAGCUGAGCCAAAGUGUAUCCAGCUUAGAUAGGGAGGAUUCAAUUAUAGCUGCUGAUCCGCUGCAUAAAUCGAGCGUAGAUAGGGUGCCGGAGGAAGAUUUCCCCGUCACUGAGGAACAGUCACAUGUGACAGAACCGAAUGUAGCUUUGCCACAGCAGCAGCAGCAGCCACCAACGACGACACUAGCGACGCUUCCCGUAGGAAGUUCACAACAAGCUCUCAGCAGAGUGUCUCCUAGUGUGGACUCGCAAGCUCUUGUCAGUACCCGGGAAAAGAGCACACCGGAAAAGGUGUUGGAUUUCGUACGUGCGGCCGAAUCGUUGGCACUGGGUGGUAACUUGAUUGAAAACGGACCACCCAAAUCCCCCACGGAACCAGCCACAGCGGAAAACCUCCAGAAAACCACCACAAUCGUGAUGUCGAAGCACACGCUGGAUACGCAAGCGCCACAGGUUGAUCGCCGAUAUGGAAAUAUCCGGCCGUUGUUGCAUGCAAACGAUCCUCCCAAAACCUCAAUAACCUCCUCCACUAGUACUACUACCGUUGCUACUACCACCAACACCACCAACACUACCACUAGUUCUACUACCUCUUCCGCCGCAAAUACUAACAACAUCGCAUCGAUCGGCUCGAAAACGAGGACGACACCGUCACGCCCGGCCGAACCUCCUCUCCCGGCAACAAAAAGUUACAUUCCCGUUUACUCGGACAGUGCCUACGAACAGUCGAUGUUUAGUUCGAAGGAACCACCGUCGGUAGAUACCGGUCCAACGCCGAUUCCGGCGACCCGCUCGGUAACUCCGACGUCAACCAGCAGCAGCCAACAUCGCAAGUCGGUCAGCUUCGAUUUGGAUGAUCCGGGAGAGGAGCAACGUCGAAUGGUAGCAGCCGAACAGGAUGCGCAACAAAUUCGUCAGUGGAAGGAUGCCAACAACAACAAUAACAACAACAACAGUGGAAGCGGCGGUCAGUUGAAGGGAAUUUUAAGAAGUGGCAGUCCAACCACUUCCAGCCGGAGUCGUAGUACAACACCGGAAGAAGGUGGGACGGUUUUCGAGCGGGAUGCAAGGACUCGGUACGUUCCCAGUGAAAUUGUGGAUAAUGUUUUGGAGAGCGAGGAGGAAGAAUCCCAAACUGAGGAAGAGGAUGACGACGACGAUAGUGAUGAUGGGGUGGAAGGCAGUGAGAUCGAGUCCGAGAAUCCGUUUAGGAAAGAGUUUUUAGGGGAGAAAGAAGAUAAGCGAGGAGAGCGGAGAAGGAGAUCACCUCCUUCUCCGCCACCUCCUCAUCCACCGGUGGUGAAGGAUUUGAAGAGAGCGGAAAUUGUGCCAAACGAAGGUAUACGAAAUAUGGAGCAAGAAUUUGGCCAGGGAAACUAUAUUGAAUUCGAGCACGAUGCCCGAACGAACACGAUUCGUGAGGUCAGAAGCUCAACGCACAAUCUAUCAAGCCGAAGCAUGGAACGGUUGCCAAACUACGAAAAGAUUGAACUGAUCGCGGCCAAAUACGACGUACUGCCAACAAAGAAGCGGGCUGAGUUUAUACACGAGAACUGCACCGAGAAUACCCUCGUCGCCGAGGAUACUCAUCGUCAAAUUUUGCUGGAGGAAAACCGAAUGCGUAACGAAAUAAUAUCUCGAACGACCAAUCCGUUCCUGGACACUGGCUACGCCCCGGACAACCAGCAAAAAUCCGUUUCCCCUGUGCCACAACAACGACCAGCGCACUGGACCGGAUCGACCGGGCAGUUGCACUCUCCUCAAAUCUACCCACCGGUUCAGGUGCUCCCUGUGCACUACACGAAACUUCCGGCUCCUCAGCACACAGUAUAUACCUACACACCACCGCCGCACCAUCACUACCAUCAUUUUCAACAGCAACAACAUCAACAACCGUACGGCAUGACAGGCUACAGUUACAUGUCACCCCCACCAGCACCGAAAACACCGAAAAGUGUGUCCGACAAGAAACGGUUCUUCGAAAAUGCCAUGGAGGACCAGAGCAAACAGACGCCGAAACCUGAAAAAGUAUUCUCCUUCCUGUCCAAGGACGAAGUGGAAAAGCUGAAGCAGGAAGAGGAACGCAAGAUUGCCACCCUCGGGCGACGUCGCAUCCAGGAACGGGCAUACGACCAGGAAGAUGAGUACUGCUCCGGUGACGACGAGGUUCACGAUCGUUACGGAAAGUCGGACGAAAACGAUAACGACAUGAGCAAUCCAUCGAUGACACUGCUGCUGGCAGCGAAACCUGGGGAAGCCGGGGGACAGCACGAAGAGAACCAACAGGACCAGCUGCUACCAUCAACAAGAUCGGCACAGGCUCCAUCUCCGGCCCAGGUUAGAACCCCGAUUAGUCGCAUUCCGAUCCGCACGGCGAACGCGGAGAAACGGGCCCGAGCGAACGAUAUGCUGCCACCGGAGUACGACGAGUCCAAGCUCAGUCCGUCGGAGAUUCGUGCGCUGAGAGCACAAAAACGAGCUGCAUGGCGUCAAGCUCGACUCAAAUCGUUGGAAAACGACGCUCUGCAGGCACAAAUAAUGAUCCAAACCAUGAAUGCUGUGACGAUGCAAGAGGACGGUGCUACCCACGGACUCAACAAUAAUAAUCCGACGGUGCUGCAUUUGCGGUCCGAUCACGAUUACUAUCCGACGAUUGCCGAGCAACCCGUCGGUAGCUGCGACGAGCAGUCAUCGUACGAGUACCCGCCGCUAGCACCGAAACCGAUCCGGUUUCCCAGGAUAGCGAUCAAAUCGAAAGCAACCGGCAACGAGCGGGUUGUGCGCGAAACGGAAAAAGUUCUGGGCGAGAAGGUGAUCCAACAGCGCACGGAAGAGAUCCCUGGCGGGGGUCUUCGCACGGUCGAAUACGUCGAAAAGGUCAUCGAGACGGAGGUUGAAACGAUGCGGGAGAAAAUAAUCAUGCUCGAAUUGGAAGAGCCAUCCUCCGGAAGCAGUGAACGACAGUCCCAAACACUGCCCCCAGCUCAGCCACAGUCUCAGGAAAACAAUCACGAUCUCGAUGACACCACGGAAGCGGCUGGAGUUUCGCUGGAAGAUGAUGACGAUCAACCGGAUAGCAUGGUGAUUCACGACGACGACGACGACGAGGACGAUGAUGAUGAUGAUGACGGCGACGACGAUGACGACGACGACGAGGAACAGCGUGAUCAAUUCGAUGACGACGACGACGAAGAGGAAGAGCAACAACAGACAGUUGGUGGCAAUCCAUUGCAGACGAUAGUCGAGGUAGUAAAUCCGGCGGUCGGUGGUGGUGAUGGACAGAUUAAUGACAUUAUCAUCGGACGCUACAAUGACGACUGUGGGGGAGAGGAUUCGUUCGCGUCCGCUUCAUCCCCUUCGACCUACACCGAAGGGAUGCGAUUCGCGUACGAAGAAAAUCGUUAUGAAUCGAUCAGCGAUAAGAUGAAGAAUGUCCUGCGAGAGUUGAAGCAAAACGAGAAGGUGAGACUGAAUCUGUCCAAGAGCCUAACGGAGGAAGAGUUGGCUGAACAGGAAGAUGCGGUUGAGCAAGAAGAGCUGGAACAAUAUCAUCGAAGGGAAGACGACGAUGACGAGGACGAAGAGUUCCGCCACUACGAGGAGAAAACCGGUGCAAUAGGAACGGUGUUUAUGGUGCGUGAACGACUGAUCAAUGAUUUCUACACGCACCAGACCGACGAUCAGCAACAGUUGCAAGCGUCGGUACCGGCGCCAUCGGCGCGGAUGGAUUUUUACGAUAGCUGUGAAGUGAUUCAGAAUCCGAAUGCGAAGGCAUUCGAAGAAGAGCUAGAGAAGAUGCACAGUCUAAGCAAACUGCAGAAAAUGACCCUGCAAGAUGAGAAACUGAAAGCGGUCUUUUGUGACGACGAAGAUGACGAGGAGGACGACGAGGGAGCGGGCGGUGGUAGCCUAGGGGACACCGGAAUGGAGAGAGAUCGAAGAGGAACCGGAGAGAAACCAAGCUAUAUUCCCGUUGCUGGUACCAACGGUGGCUCGAAGCGCAAAAAGCGGAAAGGAAAAAAGAAGAAAUAAGUUUGAUUGAUGGUAGCAUUUAAGCGAAACAGUCCCAUCCGUCCUAAAUCACAAAGCGACUAAUCACACGCAAGCGCUAAGCGAUUCAAGUGAAUGGUUGCAUUUUAAAUUUGAACAAAAUAAAAUCCAAUGUUGAUUUUUAUUAUUUUAAAUGUCUCGCACGAGAACCGCAUAGUAUUUUAAAACGAAAACUUCUAUUCCAUUAUUAUUCCCUCACUAGAUUUUAUCUCGUCAGUUGGUAGCAAAUCAAGACGACAAUAAAACCUACAUUUAAGUAUAAUCUUAGUUUCUAAUAGUACUAUCAUCUGCUUACUAUCCAUGGAUUGUAGCUUGUGUUAGAUAUAUACUUAUUUAUACAAUGGAACACAAUCAUUAUCGUUAAUCACAUCUCGAAUUGCUGCUAUCGUCGUAAAGCAGAACUCAACUAGAUUCCCCCUAUGAAGAAGGUGCACAGCUCUAUAAAUCAAUUUUUACUGAUUGUCAAUGUCAAGCAUCUAAAACCUCAAUUAGUGAGUCCGGGAGAAUGUAAUUUUAUUCUCGUAAUAAAUGCCAAUUCUCGUAUCGAUGGAUUAUUUAAUGAAUA